GGCACUUCCGGCCACUCUCAGCCGCGGUCCCGGUGGUGCCGCUGCGGCUCGUCUCGGGCCCGUCCCUCCCGUGAGGGCUCCGGGGAGCGGCACCCGCCGACAUGACGCUGCUCCUGCGACUGGGGCUGCUCCGCGGCCGCUGCAGCUGUUGGAGGCCGCCCGCCGCCACCUGGGCCCGGCCCCGCGGCGGUGCCCUCGGCGGGGGACGCGGCCUGCAGACUCUCUUGGCACAAACACUUUCCCCCCCACGUCAAGGUCUUGGUGGAGUCUUGGUGAAACAGCACUUAAUCCGAGAUCCAGUCAGACUUUGGAAUCUCCUGGGUAGCACCUACUGGUUUACUACUUCCAACUCUUGGAGGAGUAGCCAGAAGGAUGGAGGAUCCAAGAAGAAAUCUCCACAGGAGGAGGACGAGGAGGAAAAACGCAGGAGAAGGGAAAAUCAGAUGCACCUGGAACGUCUGCGGGCACUGCUCGUCCUCACCUUCAUCGUGCUGAUGCUUCGGUUCCUGGUCAGUGACAACAGAGAAGGCACCAACAUCUCCUGGAACUACUUUGUGAAUGAGAUGUUGGCCAAGGGGGAGGUGCAGAGGAUCGAGGUGGUGCCAGAGAGUGACAUCGUAGAGAUCUACCUGCACCCAGGAGGAACUCCCCAUGGACAAGUUAAUGUGACCCUGCUGUACACCAUGCGUGUGGCAAACAUCGACAAAUUCGAGGAGAAGCUGAGAGCUGUGGAGGAUGAGCUGAAUAUUGAUGAGAGAGAGAGAAUCCCCAUUUCCUACAAACACCCUGGCUUUUAUGGAAAUGAUGUCCUUUCCCUGAUAGUGACAUUGGUGGCCGUGUCCAUGCUGUGGAGCAUCUUCCGCCUCUUCAGGGUGGCGAGUCGGGCCGGAGGGUUCAACGCCUUUAACCAGCUGAAGAUGGCUCGUUUCACCAUUGUGGAUGGGAAAUCUGGUAAAGGGAUUGGCUUCAAGGAUGUAGCAGGAAUGCAUGAGGCAAAAAUGGAAGUCAAGGAAUUUGUGGACUAUUUAAAGAAUCCCGAUCGCUAUCUCCAGCUCGGGGCCAAGGUGCCCAAGGGCGCCCUGUUACUGGGCCCGCCGGGCUGUGGGAAGACACUGCUGGCCAAGGCUGUGGCUACAGAAGCCCAGGUGCCGUUUUUGGCCAUGGCAGGCUCCGAGUUUGUGGAGGUGAUUGGAGGUCUGGGGGCUGCGCGGGUGCGGAGCCUGUUCCGGGAGGCGCAGGCUCGCGCCCCCUGCAUCGUCUACAUCGACGAGAUUGACGCUGUGGGCAAGAAGCGUUCCACCAAUGUGUCUGGCUUUGCCAAUGCUGAGGAGGAGCAGACCUUAAACCAGCUGCUGGUGGAAAUGGAUGGGAUGGGGACCACAGAUCACGUCAUAGUGCUGGCUUCCACCAACCGUGCCGAUGUCCUGGACAACGCUCUGAUGAGACCUGGGAGGCUGGACAGGCACAUCUUCAUUGACCUCCCAACACUCCAGGAGAGGAAAGAGAUCUUUGAGCAUCACCUGAAGGGCCUCAAGCUGAUCCAGGAUGGCAGUUUCUACUCGCAGCACCUGGCUGAGCUCACCCCAGGUUUCAGCGGAGCUGACAUAGCGAAUAUCUGUAAUGAAGCUGCUCUUCACGCUGCCAGGGAAGGGCACAAAUCCAUCGACACCUCCAACUUCGAGUAUGCUGUGGAGAGAGUCAUUGCAGGCACUGCCAAAAGAAGUAAGAUCUUGUCACCAGAAGAGAGGAAGGUUGUGGCAUUCCAUGAAUCUGGUCACGCGCUGGUUGGGUGGCUGCUGGAGCACACCGAGGCCGUCAUGAAGGUGUCCAUAGCCCCUCGGACAAAUGCGGCGCUGGGGUUCGCGCAGAUCCUGCCCAGGGAGCAGUACCUGUUCACCAAGGAGCAGCUGAUGGAGAGGAUGUGUAUGGCACUGGGGGGCAGAGUGGCUGAGGCCAUCACCUUUAACAAGGUCACCACAGGAGCACAGGAUGACCUGAAGAAGGUGACCAAGAUCGCCUACUCCAUGGUGAAGCAGUAUGGGAUGGUGCCCAGCAUCGGGCAGCUCUCCUUCCCAGACCUGGAGAGUGCCCCUGGGAUUGGCCGACGCCCCUUCAGCCAGGGCCUCCAGCAAAUGAUGGACCAUGAAGCCAAAGUCCUAGUGGCUCAGGCUUACAGGCGGACAGAAAAGCUCUUACUGGACAAUAGGGACAAGCUGCAAACACUGUCCAGUGCCCUCCUGGAGAAGGAAGUGAUCAACUAUGAUGACAUUGAGGCCCUGAUCGGUCCCCCUCCCCACGGUCCCAAGAAGAUGAUCGCCCCGCAGAGCUGGCUGCAGGCAGAGAGGGACAAACAGGACACCAGGGAGGAGGAGACACCCCCCCAGCCACCACACCCCGAGGAGGAGGAGGAACCACGCCUGAGACCAGUGUGAAGCCCACUCCUGUGUGGAAUGUGAGGCUUCUUUGGAACACAGACCCUUUCCCUUCUCAGCUCCAGAGU